GAAACCCAUGGUCCACGCUGUUCUGGGUAUCUAUGGUAACACUGCAGCUUGUUACACAUUCUCCACACCCACCACUCUCAUUACACUGCACAGAGCUCCGGCCAUCUUUCUCAUUUGCCAGGCAUUUCCUGAGAAACGGGGAGCUCUGCAUCUCCUGCUUCCACUCUUCCCCUUACUGAGGAAAGUGCUCUCGGUGACUGGGACCGGCACAAUUCCAAGCACCUGAGUCACACACAGCAGAGUCUUCAGACUUCCAAAGAGGAACCCACAGCAGGAAGAGGUCAGCAGGAAAGGGUGAGGCUUGUGGAAACUUGAGACACUUCAGCUACCCAACUUAGUAUUGGCUCAGAAUUCUUUGAGCACUGAUAAAACUCUGAGUGAUUACUGCCCUUGUGUUAGAUCAGUGUAUAUAGAGAGGGAACAAUGGCUGUGACACUGUUAGAAGAUUGGUGCAAGGGUAUGGACCUGGAUCCCAGGAAAGCCCUGCUAAUUGUGGGCAUCCCUAUGGAGUGUACUGAGGCUGAAAUUAAGGAGACCUUGAAGGCAGGCUUACAUCCCCUGUGUACAUACAGGAUGCUAGGCAGAAUAUUCAGGAGGGAAGAUAAUGCUAAGGCAGUCUUCAUUGAAUUGGCUGACACUGUCAACUAUGCUGCUAUACCCAGUCAGAUACCAGGAAAAGGGGGUGCCUGGGAAGUAGUGGUAAAACCUCGGAACCCAGAUGAUGAAUUUAUCAAUAGGCUGACUUACUUCCUGAAAGAUGAAGGCCGGAGAAUGGUAGAUGUGGCCAAAACUCUGGGGUAUAGCACCCUUCCCAUUGAGAGCAUAGAGCCAGAGGACUUGGACCAAGUCAAACCACCAGUUUUUCAGCCUCUGAGGGAAAACAUGUGGUACCGAAAGCUGAAAGUGUUUUCAGGAGGUGCUCUCCCAGGUUCAGGGGAAGAGAGUUUUGAAGCCUGGCUAGAGCAGGUCACUGAGAUGAUGCAGAUGUGGCAGGUGUCAGAGAUAGAGAAGAGGCGUCGCCUGCUAGAGAGCUUGCGUGGUCCCGCACUGUCAAUCAUGCGGGUGCUCCUGGCUAAUAAUGACUCCAUGACUGUGGAGCAGUGCCUGGAUGCCCUAAAGCAGAUCUUUGGGAAUAAAGAGGACUGUAGAACCUCACAGUUCAGGUUUCUUCAGACUUCCCAGAAGUCUGCAGAGAAGAUCUCUGCUUUUUUGCUGCGCUUAGAGCCCCUGCUGCAAAAAGCUGUGCAGCAAAGCCCAUUGUCAGUGCAAAGCACAGACAUGAUUCGCCUCAAACAUAUUCUAGCUCGGGCCUCCAUGACUGCUGCCCUCCGGGGCAAACUUGAGCUCUUAGAUCAGCGAGGGUGCCCACCCACUUUUCUGGAAUUAAUGAAGCUCAUUCGAGAUGAAGAGGAGUGGGAGACCACCAUGGCAGUGAUGAAAGAGAAACAGAGGCAAGUAGGAAGGGGCCGCAGGGCCUCUGGCAGGCAGGUAGUAGCAGAAGUAGGUUACUCUGCAGUUCAGGUCACCAUGCAGGCAGGGUGUUUCAGCGAAAACAGCACCCAGACUGCACAGGAAGAUGUGUCCCCAUCACUGAAGCGCAGGCGACUGUCAUGUGAACUCUGUACUAUGGGAAAAGGCCAUGGCCAGGCAGAAUGUCCCAAAGCUGAGGACCAAUCUCCACCCAUGCUGAGGCCUAAAAUUGCUGAAGAAGGGUCGGGAAACGAGGAAGGGGCUGGGGGCAUGAGCCACCCCAAGCCCUAGGAAGCACAGGCUCAGGAGAUCCAGGCACUCCUUUCCCUGGCAAGCAGCAGACAGAUCUUAAAAAGGGGAAGGAACAGCCCAGACAAAGAUCAGGAGACCCAAGUGAGGUAGGAUAUAGCCAGCAGGCCCAGGUCAAGGCUCCUCUCCCUUUCCCAGUGGGAAGGGACUCUAUCGAACAGGACAAAAGCACAUGCAUCUCAGGGAAGGCCCAGUGCAGAGCCCGCAGGAAGUGUCACAGACCAAAGCAGGGAGCUGCCACACCCUGCACAUGGGAAUCUCAAGCCUCACACAGAGACCCCAGCGAUACAGAGUAUGAAGACAGUGAGACGGUGGGCUCUGACAUGCAUGUCUGCAAUGUCAUCUGGCCACCUCCAAGUUCCUACACUACAGACUCAGAGCUAACGAUGCCAACCAGACACCAGGAUACAUGGAGCGUGGAGGAGCCUGCCCUGGGGCCAUCUGUGUCAGAAGGAGCCAAUUCCUCGGAGGAAGAGCUCCAAGAUAGAGAAGUAAUGCUCCGCAGGGGAGGUCGCAGGGUCCAACCUGUCUUCAGGAUCAUCUACACUGCUCUAGGGGAGCCCCAGGAAGGCAGUACCCUUGAGCCCUUCCGCCCAUAAAGGCCGGGUCUCCAGACCCCAAAGCCCUGGGAGCCCAGCACCAUCCCAGAGGCAGUUUCCUUUCCUGCAGCCUGACAGGGCUGUACGGGCAAGGACACCAAAGACUAAGAAGACCCCCAGGUGGGGGCAUUGGCACCCACUAGGUCAGUGCCCCCAGAGCUGGCUUAGGCGUGAUUGGAUAUAGAAGGCAGCUUUUGCUCCAAACACGAGGAGGUAGGAAAGGAGUGGGAGGAGUAUGAGGGAGGACUUGGAGGGGGGCAGUUUGUUCUGUUUUGUCUGUGCAGGACCACUGGAGAAGUGGAGAGAGCAAGCAGGGAGAAGUGGGGCCUGGCUUGGCAACUCACAAUUCAAGAGCUGCCAACCCAGGGUCAGCCCCAAGCCCUGCCAGCCUAGGGUGGCCAGCCUUGAAGCACUACUCAGCGGCCAUCCAUAGCCUGGAUGAGGGCACCUGAGUACACCUGCCACCUGCACCGGACUGGGAGACGUCGGGGAAGAGAGUCCAUCUCAAGGGUGCCAGCUGCCUGGCUCUCCCAACAGGCAAAACCCCAACCCGAUUCACCGUCCCCGGGGCAGGGUGCUCCUGUCCCUGUCCCUGGAGGCCCACCUUGUCUGUAAGCCCCAUAGUGACCCACCUCAAGCAAACGCCCACCCCCACGCUAGCCACCGUUCCUGUGCAAAGCCGUGAGGUGUGUGUCAACCCCGGGCAGAGGACCGUGCCCUCGCGGCCGGCCACCUCCAGGCCCGGGCACGUGCCGUGAGCUUCCGGGCGAGCCAAGGCUCUGCUCGCUCCUGUCCAGUGUCGUGAGCUCAACCUCUGCUUUCUCAGUGUAGAUCUAGGCCAGCUGCCUGCCUGCCGCUUGUUCUCGUGGAGAUGUGUGUGUGUGUGUGUGUGUGUGUGUGUGUGUGUGUGUGUCUGUGUUCUUAUCUGAGCAGCUCCUCCCAGGAGGCCCUGAGCCCAGUCCCCAGGAGUCGGAGGCGGGAGCCGGCGCGAAGGAUGGACGGCUAGGGCGUGGUGGACGCUCACCCCCUCGGUGAUCAAGACCGCGGCCUCACCUCGGGCAGGAAGCACUGGACCUUAGAUGGAGGGGCAGGGCCAGGGACUGUGCUUGGACGUUCCACCCCCGUUGUUCCUUGUGACUCAGUUUCCUUGGCUUGGGGGGAGGGUGUUCCCUGUUAUGCUUUCCACUGUCCUGUGACCGUUCUGUGCCAGCCAUAGGGCAAGGGCCACCCCACAGCAAGUCAGCCCCUCAGGGGGCUCCCGGAAUGGAAGUGAGUGUUCAUUGCCAGAGGCCAUUGUCCUGGCAAGAGGCAGUUCUGGGGUCCUCAGAAAGGGAGACUGUGGUGGGAGGGCCCCAGCGUGGAGACAGAGGCGGCUCUUCGUCUGCAGCCCCAGGAGGGGGAGGCCCGGGACCUGUGGCCUCGAGUGGUCGUGAAAAGUCCCUUUAGGUGUUGUCAUCCCUUCUCUUCAAUGGUUCAGUGUUUCUGUUUAAUAAAUUUUGUGAAAUGUU